AACUGUCGCGUCACUUCCUCGCCCCAUGCCCAUCCCUUUGGAAAGAAAAAGAAAAUUCACACAGACAAACGACGGCGAGAAAAAGAGCGAGGGAAAAGUCGAGAGGGAAGCGAAAGCAAAAAAAAAAAAAAAAAAGGCCAGAUGAAAGAGUUGGAUACUGAAGAGGGAGCCCACCAAACACCAGAAUAUACUCUUUAAAUCAUGCCACUGCACAAAUCAUCCCGGGCCCCUCGCCUGGACCCUACCAUGAUCUCGGCACCACUGGGUGACUUUCGCCACACCAUGCACAUUGGUAGGGGAGGUGAUGCCUUUGGGGACACCUCCUUCCUGUCCACUCUUGGCCCCAGCUCAUCCAGCCCAGCCAGCCCAGAUACGGGUAGUCCAGGGAUGUCGCCGGCUGCUGACCCUCAGGUUGCAGUCGACCACAGUGAUCUUUAUACAGAUGCUCCAGGAAGUCCACAGAACAAUGAGCUUCAGCACUCUGAGUCAGUGUCUUCAUUCACCCUGGACCUGGACCUGGAUCUAGGCCCGUCUAUGCUGGGGGAUGUACUCGGGGUGAUGGACGGUUUGGGGCUUGACUCCAAUGAGGAGGUUGUGUUGAGUCCCAAAAGUGGCGCUUCCUCAGUUGCAGCAAAGCCGGGAAAAGGUGCCACGGAGAUGUCUGUGAACAUGCAGAACGAGCUGAACGGGAAAAACUUGGUUGGGUUAGAUGGCAACCAGAUGGAAGAUGGCAGGAUACCAGAUGGGAAUGGGAUCAAGCCAAAGGGUUUACGACCAAAAGUACGAUUCAGUGACAAGCGAGAGGAGAUAAUUCGCCAAGCAUCUGAAGAGGAAGAGGGUCAAGGGUUUGACUUCCAGGAUGAGGAUCAGCUGGCGUGUCACAGUCCAACGAGGGGCGAGAGCAUAGUAAGUGGAGGUGAAACCGAGUUCACCAAUCACAAAGUAGAUUUGCCACCUAGCCCGGCCUCGUCACAUAGCUCAGAGUAUGAAGGAGUCACCUCACUGGACAGGAGGAGGGUCGACAGCUGCCACUCAGAGACUGAUUCGGAGGAGGAAGAGGAGGAAGUAGGACGGGGCUACACAUUUGAAGAUGAGUUUGAUGAUGAAAUUGGUCUAUAGGGGAUCAGUAUGGUUUCUCUUUGCUGUCAAGUAAAUCAAGUAUACUGUAUUUUCCUAAUCUCGUCAGUUCACUAUCAUUUGAAUGGGAGGCUUUAACAGUAUGCAAACUGGAUUUUCCAAGACUCACUGAAAGUUUGACGAUGUUGCUCAACUGGAAAAUGCAUUUAAUGUUUGAUCUAUUAGGGUAACGGAUGCAGAUUUGCAAAAGAUUUGUCAUUAUGAUCCUAAAAAUCAAUGUCAAAGGUGAAAGGUUUGUAGCACUUUGAUUUAUUUCAUUCACCUGGAAGCUUUUCUAUGAAACCAAUGCUCAGUGGAAAAUCUAAAAUGCACACAACAGGCGUUGUGUUUAUUGAACUUUAUGUUAUAGUGCCUUAAGCCAUAUGCUUACAUUAUUGUACCCUGUGCCAUAUCAAUGUCUUAAUAGUUAUUUCUCAUAUUGCAUGUUUAUUGUCUCCUCUUGGUGUUAAAGCUUUAAAAAUGAUUUCAAAAGAGUCAGAAAACAAAGAUAUCCUGUGUAUGAUUAAUUACUGUGAAUUUGUCACAUGCCAAAUCUCAGUGUGAGUUCAGAUCUGUUUUCAUCUUGUAGUUAUUAAGCAUGUUACCAAAGCUUUUUCUUCAGGGCUGUGGGGCUGGACUAUAAUACUAAAAUGUUAAGACAAUCAUGGGAUUUAAAAGGUCAACUUUAAAUCAGGACCAGCGGUGUAUUUUGUACAUGUUUUUUUGCUUGUAUAACACUUUUGAAAAAGUAUUUUAUUUCAUAAUGCUGUAAAAGGGAGAGAGCAUUGAGCUCAUCUGUUUGAAAAAUGCUGGUUUAAACGUGUGUUAUCCUGUGGUUUAAUAAAGAUUACAGUGAAAAACAAUAAAACAUAUUGGGAUUUUAAAAUA